AUGGCGUGUUUGCAUAUCAAUAGCCUUCCUGAGGAGCUACUCAUUGCCGUUUUCUGGCCCUCCAAGCGUCUCUUCUCUCGCGAGCCUUUCGAUGAGGAUGUGUGGGCCGCCGUGCGGCCUCCCCCGAGGUUCAAUAGCGAGGAUCCAGACGAGGCAUGCUACCAGCAGAGCGAGACCAUGUUUCCAGCUCCUCCUCUUCCCCCAGCAUUCGCCGACGCCGCGUACAAUCUUCUCAUCGCGUCGACUUGCCGUCGCUGGCGCUGCCUGGCUCGGCGCCACGUGUCCACGCUCCUUGUCAAGUCGAACCGCGCCGUGUCUCUCAAGGAUCUCGCGGCAGCGGUGGAUUGCUUCCCCAAGCUCACGCACCUCCAUCUCAGCGACGGAAGCGCGCAAGCCAUCGACGACACUUUCCUAGCUCGCCUCGCCGCGUGCUGCCCGAAUCUGACGGCGUUCCACCUCGGAAGGCCGAUAGUGGAGAACCCUGAGUCCGACCAGGCGGGGGAGACCUUUCUCACGCCAGCCGGCUUCGACGUGUUCUUCCGCCGGUGCACGCGGCUGGAGCACCUCUCGCUGGCCUGCCUGCACUGCGAGUUCCGGUUACCUUCUUCGCUCUUCAAGCUCGUGCAUCUCCGAUCCCUCACAGUUGCCGAUCUGCCCGUGGUAACAACUCCAAAAGUCAAGAACUUGAGCGCUCUCACAUUGCUCUGGAUCGACUCGGUGGGGGACUAUCAGACCCUGGAGCACCUCGCGCACCUGCCACGCCUCACGCAUCUCUCCGUGCCAGAAGACUGCGACGACUUCCACACUGUCCUGGACGACACCUGCCAUCGCAUGCCGUGUCUCCACGAGCUGAGCAUCGAUGCGAGCGGUACCUUCUUCGACGUACCCGAGCAGGCCACCGCGCUGACCCGCCUGCGCACCUUGAAGCUCGAAAACUGCACGGUCCUCGGACUGCCGGACAGCUUCGGCCAGAUGCCCAUGCUGACAACGCUCGUGCUGCACAAUCUGAACACCCAUUUCCCUGGCUCGUGCAGCCGGCUGCAGUCUCUUGAGACGCUGAUAGUCACGGACUGUGCGUAUCUGCGCGAGCUACCAGACCCGCUGAGCGCCCUCACAGCGCUCAAGACCCUGUGCCUCGCGAAUUCCCCCUUGCUCAUUCUCCCUGACGACAUCGGAGGCCUCACCAACCUCCACACGCUCUACCUGAAAUCGUACAGGGCACGACAUCUGCUUCCGCCCUCCUUCACCCGGCUCGCUUCACUCACAAGGCUCGAGCUGCAUAAGUGUGAGCUGGCCGAGCUGCCAGAGGCCAUGGGGGAGUUGACACGCCUGCGGGAGCUGUAUGUGCUGUCCUGCUCUCGGAUCCAGAGGCUCCCCGAGUCCGUGUCAGCCCUACUGAACCUAGAGGUGCUAGUGGUGGACAAGUGCAGCAGCCUGUUCUCAGUCCCCACGAGCCUCAUGCAUUUGUCAACACUGAAGCAGCUGGAGCUGACCGGCUGUGCGCUGCUGAGAAAGGCUCCAGAGUUCUUGCCGGGGUCGCUGGAAACGCUCAGGCUGGGGACCUAUCCGGAGGUCACCCAUCUGCCGGGUAUCUAUGCUCUUUCCAGCCUCAAGUCAGUCAGUUUGAGCAUGGUGAUUUUCCCCUCCGCUUUGUCCAGAAGCUUGUCUUCAUUGGAGCACUUGCGUCUGGUGUUGGCAUGUGAGGGCGAGCUCCCAUUCCCAUUGGCCGACCUGCCUCGUCUUCGCACCCUCGCACUCGUGAGCACCGGAGUCGUGAAGCUUCCAGACUUCUCCACCUCGACGCUGCAGGAGCUGCGUCAGCUGGAGAUAUGCUUGCCUGAGCUGACGGAGAUCCCGUCAACCAUCGCAGCUCUUCAGAAGCUCACAAACCUGGAGAUCAACGCUCCUAAACUGCAUGCGCUUCCCAAUUCCAUCAGGGCACUGUCCCGACUGUGCAAGCUGAUUAUGUCCAACUGCUUAGCGCUCGCGCAUCUCCCUGCCUCUCUCACGCAGCUGGCAUGCCUGCGCGAGCUGACCGUGCACAAGGCCGCCAUCACAUCCCUCCCUCCCAACUUUGCACGCCUCAGCCGGCUGCAAGCGCUCGACUUGGAGGGGUGCAAGCAGCUGGAGGCGCUGCCUGGCGAUGUGGGCAAGCUGGAGCUGCUGGACCGUGUGGCUUUUACAGGGUGUGACAAGUUGCACGACAAUGAAGGCAUGCUGCGCUUUCCUGGGGGACAUACGUCAUAUCGGUGGAUGUACUACACGUAA